UUAUAGCUCUCUAUUAUAGAAAAUGAUAUAUAUAUUUGUAUUGUGAAGUAUAGUUAUUUCGCUUUCUAUCCAUCUUUAUCAUAUACAUUCCUCACGACAUGUGACCAUUGGUAAAUCAAAUGUGUAUUAAUAUAAACUGCAUUGUCAUUUGAUUGAUAAUCUGGAAAAGAAAAAAAGCAUGCGAAUGGGUUACCUAUGUUUAUUAACAGAAAUGGACAAUCUGCACUGCUCUUUUGGCUUUUUCCCUUGUUACUCCAAUUUGGCGAUCUUCCACAGUCCGAUUGGAUAUCCCUCUUGUGAUUUGUCACAGCCGUAGUCUUACCCAAGUCAAACUCCAUAUCUAUCCUACACCACCCACCUCCAAAAGAAAACCACCCACUCCCCCAAAAAUACAUAAUUAAAAAAAAAACCAUGCACAAAGCGCGUGUUCGGACGGAGUCGAUGGUGCAACGCUUCGCCAAGAAGCCCAUCAGCGAAGGCUUUGAUCUCUGGGACCGCGGCUACCUCUUCGGCGCCCUCCGGCUCUUCAUGUUCAAGGCCGAGAGCGGCCCCCCCUUCCAGCUCGCCCCCUGCAUCGACGCCAUCGCGGAGCUCUCCCUCCAGCUUGGGGCCGCCGAUGAGGCCCAGGAGCAGUUCCUCCUCGCCACGGACAAAUACCGCAUUCUCCAACAGCCCGGCCUGGCGGAGCUCAUGCGGGUCCGGCUGGACGAGCUGCUGGCGGGCACGUCCGUCGCCCUCUCCCACCUCGAGGCCUACCUCAACGAGCAGGACCUGACCCAGGGCGGGAAAGGCGGGGAUCUUAAAACCCGCGCCGCCCUCGCCCGGGCCUGCGCCUACCUCGCCGAGCUCUACCUCGCCAACGCCGACGACGACGACGAUGACGAGGGGAAGCGGAGCAAGGACGCCGAGGUCGCCAAGCGCGCGGUGGAGUUCGCCUCGUUGGCGGUCAGCCUCGGAUGGGAUCGCGUGCAUCUGGGCUAUUUCACCCUCGGAAAGGCCUAUGAGAUGCUAGAGGAGCUCGAGAAGGCACGAGAUGCCUAUCUUCAAGCCAUCAAACACUGCCCGAUCUUUUUGAAUGGGCUGGAGUACCUUAUUGACGUGCUGCGAAAGCUAGAGGUACCUUCGAAGGAAUUACUACCGUAUAUGGAUCAGGCUAUUGACGCCCAUCCCCGGGCACAUCUGCUGCGGGAAAAGGCCUUUAUUCUUUCCGAGGUCGAGGGCGACGACGCGGCGUUGGCUUACCUAGAGACGUUGAUCGCUUCACCUCCACUAGAAGAGAUGGAGUGUGUAAGUAGUGAUAACAGCGGCCCGACGGUGGCGACAUUGUUGAAGGCGAAGGCAGCUAUUUUGGCGGAUGGGGGGAGGUUUCCAGAAGCCCUCGCCGCCGCUGAGGAGGCUGUGAAAGCCUGUACAAAAGAUAAAGAAGCGGAGAUGAUAGUAGCGGAUAUUAAAGAAGCUAUGAAGGGCUGA